UUUCCUUCUCCAAUCUUCAGACUUGAGCUACUGACUCCAAAAAUGGAGAAGUACCAAACCCUAGAAAUUGAUCAGAAAAACCCAAACUCCCCAGUCUUCUACCUCUACCUGAAUUGCCCAAAGCACCGCAACGCCCUAUCACGUGACUUCUUCACCGAAUUCCCCAAAGCCCUCUCCUCUCUCGACCAAAACCCCAACGUCAACGUCAUCGUCCUCACCGGCGCCGGAGACCACUUCUGCGCCGGAAUCGACCUCAACAACCUAUCCUCGAUCGCCGGGAGUUCCGUCUCCGGAGACCGGGGCCGCGACGGAGAGAGGCUCCGGCGAGCGAUCAAGCUCAUGCAGGACGCCAUCACCGCGAUCGAGCGGUGCCGGAAGCCGGUGAUAGCCGCCAUCCAAGGCGCGUGCAUCGGCGGCGGGAUCGAUAUCGUCACCGCCUGUGACAUACGGUACUGCAGCAAGGACGCGUUCUUCUCGGUCAAAGAGGUCGACCUGGCGAUCACGGCCGACCUCGGAACGCUUCAGCGGCUGCCCAGCAUAGUCGGGUACGGCCACGCGCUUGAGUUGGCGUUAACGGGUCGGCGGUUCUCGGGUCAGGAGGCCAAGGAGCUGGGCCUGGUCUCUGGAGUGUUCGGGUCGAAGCAGGAGCUAGAGGGCAGCGUACGACUCGUCGCCGAGGGAAUGGCUGCAAAGUCGCCGCUGGCGGUGACGGGGACGAAAGCGGUGCUGCAGAGGAGCAGGGAGAUGAGUGUGGAGCAGGGAUUGGAUUACGUCGCCACGUGGAAUUCGGCAAUGCUGUUAUCCGACGAUUUGACGGAGGCGGUUUCGGCUCACAUGCAGAAAAGGAAGCCGGUGUUUGCUAAGCUCUGAAAUUGCAAUUGAAUGCCACGCAUGUUCCUCAUUAGUACCAGAUUCAUGAGGGUCUGUGACUUUGUGUACCUAUUCUUGUAAUAAAUUUAUGGUUGCUUUCGGACCAGUGUGACAAUGUCACGCGGGUAUUUGGGACCAUAGAAUAAUUAUGCCUAUUAAUAGCGUAAUUUACUUAAUUUUGUUUUCCACAUUAAGAGAAAUGAACCUCUAAUCGAGCCCAAUUCCUUAUAUUGUGCUUGAUUGCAAAGA